AUGAGCUCCUCUACUCCAACCAAGACCGCCACUCCUUCCCUUGUUGCGCAUGCCCGAGUAAUGGUCACGGAGGAAGAAAAGGGCGACCUUUGGCGUACCGGAAGGUCGGGAGUAAUGAGCAAACUUGCCGAUGUACGGGCCCACGAUCACGGAAAGCAAGAGCUGGCCCACAAGCAUAUUGUGCACCAUGCCCAGACGGUGGCGCAUCCCAACAAUGCCCAUGAUGCUUUGGAAGCCGAAGAGAAGAUUGCUCAUGUUCACGAACACAGGACAUUGUUGAGUGGAUUCACGCUGUAA